CCUCUUCACUCUUCCACUCCUCUCUCUCAUUCACAGAGAAAGCUCUGAGCAGAAACCUCUCUCCUCCUUGAAUGGGCAACAUCUCUCUGUGCCAAACGAUCUUUCUAUGCUGUUAUGGAUGGAAACUGAAGAUCGCAGUUCAUCAUCGUGUUUCAUUUUUCUUUAUUUCGUCUCCGUCCACUCCCGUGGAGAAAAGUGACUUUUCUGUGUCGCCAUGAACUUCUGUCAGACCUAAGAAGUUUCCAGAGCAGCUGUGUGGUGUCGUAAACAACUGAAGCUGAUCAAGAAGACUCGUGAAAGAGAAGAAGUGCUCCUUACAGUGAAGGAAAAACUUUCUAAAGAUUUAGAGGGUGGUGACUGUUUUGGGUUUGGGUCAGCCAGAUACAUGGGCAGGGAGGCAGACAGGUAGAAAGUUACAAGGAGGUAAAUCAAAUUUAAAAAUAGCCUACCAUUUUUCUCCUUGUCUCCCUUGGACCAGAAUGGGUUCAGAUGUACGUGACCUGAACUCCCUGCUGCCUCCAGUCCCGGCGGGACCCAGCCCUGGCUGUCCAGCCCUGCCCGUCAGCACAGCCCCUCAGUGGGCUCCCGUCCUGGACUUCCACACUGCCCCCUCCCCUUAUUCCUCCCUGGCUGCCCCCCACACCACCUUGGGGCCACACUCCUUCAUCAAACAGGAACCCAGCUGGGGGGCUACUGGUGACCCUCACCACCAUGAUGCUGACCCCCACUGUGGCCUCAGCGCCUUCACUGUUCACUUUUCAGGCCAGUUUACAGGGACAGGGGCCUGUAGGUACGGGGCGGCAUUCGGGGCACCUCCGCCUCCACCCCCACCCCCCAGCCAACCACCAUCUGUGGCCGCCCCACACCACCACCAGCCCCCUGGCAGGAUGUUCACCAACCCACCAUACCUGACCAACUGCAUGGACACACAGCAGGCAGCCCGCAACCAGACAGGUUACAGCACAGUUGCAUUCGAUGGAGCUGGUAAUUACAGUCACACUCCUACACACCACAGCUCGCAGUUCUCCAACCACUCCUUCAAACAUGAAGACGCUUUAACUCAGCAGAAUGCUAUGGGUGAGCAGCAGUAUCCUGUACCUCCACCUGUUUAUGGAUGCCACACACCUUCGGACAGCUGUACAAGCAGCCAGGCUCUGCUGCUGAGGAACCCUUACAACAGCGGAGAAAAUUUAUAUCAAAUGACCUCUCAGUUGGAGUGUGUGGCAUGGAAUCCUGUCAGUACACUGGCAUCCACCAUAAAGAGCCAUGCAGCAGGCUAUGACAGUGACCCCAGCACCCCCAUGGUGUACAGCUGCAGUACACAGUACCGCAUACACACACAUGGAGUCUUCAGGGGCAUACAGGAUGUGAGGCGGGUGCCCAGCAUCGCUCCAGCCAUAGUGCGCUCAGAGACCAGUGAGAAGCGUCCGUUCAUGUGUGCCUACCCAGGGUGCAACAAACGCUACUUCAAGCUGUCUCAUUUGCAGAUGCACAGUCGCAAACACACAGGGGAGAAACCCUACCAGUGUGAGUUCACAGACUGUGGCCGGAGGUUUUCCCGCUCUGACCAGCUCAAAAGACACCAGAGGAGGCACACAGGAGUUAAACCCUUCCAAUGUGAGACGUGUCAGAGAAAGUUCUCUCGGUCUGACCAUCUUAAGACACACACCCGGACUCAUACAGGUGAGAAGCCAUUUAACUGCCGGUGGCCAAACUGUCAGAAGAAGUUUGCCCGAAGUGAUGAGUUGGUGCGGCACCACAACAUGCACCAGAGGAACCUCACUAAGCUUCAGCUGGCCAUCUGAACCUGUGUCCAGCCCAUAUCCCAGUUUUAAAUGUAAACAUCUGGGUUACAUCUGCUUAUAUUUUCUGAUCCCCUUUGCACCUGCAAAAUCAGCAUCUGUAAAGUCCAGUUGAGUCCUAACGGGUCCCUUAAAAAGUUCGAACAAUACCUGUGUAUCACUUAAAUUUUAAUAGCUAGGUACCACAGUCUACACUUGGAGGCAAAAUGCUAAUCUGUAUGUAAGCCAUUGAAGAAUUCUGGACAUCUGGGGGUUAAGUACAAUGUGUCUUUGAAACUGUGAAAUAUGAAAUUUAAAUGAUGAGGCUUGAAAUAUUCUGUAUUCAUUGUUGUUUCCAACAAAUCCUUUGAAUAGACCAAGACCAACAAUGUGUGAAAAAUGCAGCCUCUCAUUGAACUGAAUAAGAUCACAAUAUUGUGCUCAAACAAAAUGCAGAACUGUCUGCAAAAAAAGUUGAACCCAGCUCAGCUUUUGCCACAAUGUAAUAUCAUUUUGUAAGAUGCUGCGUUUGCAAAUCAAAUACAUGAACACAUACGUAAAAUCCUUCCUUGUAACAUUUAAGCUACUUUGUGAUGUCUUUGCAUUUAAUAAACCUUGAAACUCAUCAUCUUACCAGUACCUGAAACAACAUGCCCUCACCAACUUGUAUUUUUGGCUAGACCGCAAGAGUGGGACUAGCCUAAUAAAUGCGAGUGUCUGUCACUGACUGCCUGAGUUAUGAAGUUACACCAUUGGUUGACCAGCUGACUGUUGGAGUUUCCCCAUUGUCCAUUGCUCUUUCAAAAUGUUUUGGCGCAAAUAGUUUCUAGUUAAUAGUUAAUAGUUUCUAGGAGUGAGCCUGUUACUCCUGUUUGACUCCACAGACAAUGCUUUUUACUACAAUCAAUUCAUUCUUGGCUUUGGUCUUGAUGAUUUAUUGACAGUGAAUAAAAUACAGGACAUCUCCAGACCUAUCAAAAAGAUAAAUAUUUACUCUAGUUUUGAAUUUUCAUUUCAUAAUGUCAGUCAGCACGUGAGUUCUUCCAGAUUUCCCUAAUUCACAAAGCAGUUACAACUGAAAAUAGCAUUGUCUACUGUUAGGCAGAUGGGAAUAUAAAUGUACACAAAUCCCAUUAGAUUUUCAGUUACUUUAUAAGGUUCUCAUGCCUGGCACUUCUGAAUUGGUCCAAAGUGAAUCUUGGCCUCUUAUCAUAUAAAGUGCUGAAGAAUCUGACAAAUGUUACCAUCUAAACCAUAACUUAACUAUUAAUAUCUUAAAAGUUAUGGUCAGCCAUGUUCAUGCACCCUACAGCUUUGCACGUUCUCAACUGAUGUAAAUAUCUUUUAUGUUGAAUUUUUCAGUGGCGUAUUUAUUAUCUUUUCAUGGACAAAAAUGCUUUCACUGGAUUGAUUUAAAGGGAGAGAGGUGUUACUCAGUGCUCGUAUGCAGGAUAGCCCUCUCUGCAUGCUUGCACAGUUUAACAAUAAAAGAUUAUUAUUAUUAUUAUUAUUAUUAUUAUUAUUAUUAUUAUUAUUAUUAUUAUUAUUAUUAUUAUUAUUAUUUUGUAAAUUCAAAUUAAGCAAACAUUUUCUAUCUGACGGCAGUGUUUUGGUGUUUUUGUCUAGUCAGCAUAACAAACACAGAUAUGUCUUUAUGGUUGUGUUUAAAAAUGGUUUGGUUUUUUGUUUUUGAGUAAUGUGAAAAUUUGAUAUUUCUUCUAGCAGCACUCUUAAUAAAUAGUCUGAGUCUCUUGUCUCUAUGGUGUGUAAAUAUUGCUGGACUUUGGCUGUGUUUUUAACACUGCAAGCUCUAAAAUAUGUCUGCUGGGUCACACUGGGUCCGUGGCCGGGACAUUAUGGUCAAGAUGUAAAUAAUACUUCUUCACCAUGGGAACAGAACUCUUUCCAUGGAGAGAAACAUGUAACUUAAUGGAUUUAUUUCAGACCUUCUUUGGAUGGAUCUAGGAACUAGGAACUGUUUAUAUAUUUUUUUCUUUCUUUGAUGUAUAUUAAUAUUUGAGUCAUAAAACAGCAAAUGUCAGUGAAACAUUUUGUACUCAAAAGUGUGAGAUCAUGAAUGUGUCUCUCUGUGUAAAUGUAUUGUGACUGUUUUGAUACAGUAGCAUUUUGUCUCUGUGGUCUUUAUUUACUUAUUUCUGUAUUUCUUGUUUUUUUGUUUUUUUCUUGUUUUUUAAUAUUAAGGCAACAUUUCUUCAACAGUCAGUAAUGUAUUACUUUACAUUAUACAACUCACAAGCAGGUCACAUAAUAGUUCCAGUCUUGGAAUGCUGUGUGGAUUCAAUACAUGUACUUCCAGCAUCAUGAGGAAGUAAUUGCUUUUUGUGAAAUAUGCAACUUUAAGCUCCUCUACCCUGUAAAAAAAAUAGACAUAAAGGACUUAAAUUAAAUAUAUAUAAAUCUGUACAUCA